CGCGCGGCUUGCGCGACGCGCGGGAGCCGGGCGGGCAGCCAUGGCGCGGCGCGCAGGGAGGUAGGCGGGCGGGACGCAGGCAGCGCGGGGGCCGCCAUGGCCCGGCGGCGGCGCCGCGCCUGCAUCGCGCUGUUCCUGGUGCUGCUCUUCGCCUUCGGCACCCUCAUGGGCCUGCGCACACUCAAGGCUCCGGACGGACUCCCGGCGCUGGGCCCGGGCCUGGAGCUAGCUCCCUUUGAGCGACGCCCAGAGGGGGCCCCUGCCCCCGCCGCCCGGGCCCCGGCCGCCCCCGCCGCGCCGCCGCCGCCGCAGCCGCCGCCCCGCACCGCGGGCCCGGGCAGCUCCCUAGGGCCGGCCCCCGCCGAGGCCGAGCCCGCCCCCGGGCAGAGUCUGCGCGUCUACUCGGACCUACAUGCCUUCUACUACUCGUGGUACGGGAGCCCGAGGCGCGAGGGCCACUACAUCCACUGGGACCACGUCAUGGUGCCGCACUGGGACCCCAAGAUCUCGGCCAGCUACCCCCGCGGCCGCCACAGCCCCCCCGACGACUUGGGCUCCAGCUUCUACCCGGAGCUGGGGCCCUACAGCUCUCGGGACCCCGAAGUGCUGCGGGAGCAUAUGACCCAGCUAAAGGAAGCAGCCAUCGGCGUCCUGGUCCUGUCCUGGUACCCACCUGGCAUGGCUGAUGAUAAUGGGGAGCCCUCAGAUGACCUGGUGCCCGCCAUUCUGGACACCGCCCAUCAGUACAAUAUCCAGGUGGCCUUCCACAUCCAACCCUACAAGGGCCGAGAUGACAUCACUCUGCACGACAAUGUCAAGUAUAUCAUUGACACGUAUGGCUCCCAUGGUGCGUUUUACCGCUAUAAGAACAGCAUGGGUAAGAGCCUCCCACUCUUUUAUAUCUAUGACUCCUAUCUGACGUCCCCUGAGGCCUGGGCCCACCUCCUGACACCAAAUGGGCCCCAUUCAAUCCGCAACACCCCGUACGAUGGGGUCUUCAUAGCGCUGCUGGUGGAGGAGGGCCACACCCACGACAUCCUGGCAGCUGGAUUUGAUGGCAUGUAUACCUACUUUGCCUCCAAUGGUUUCUCCUUCGGCUCCUCCCAUCAGAACUGGAAAGCUGUGAAGAACUUUUGUGAUGCCAACAACCUCAUGUUUAUCCCCAGCGUGGGGCCUGGCUACAUUGACACCAGCAUCCGGCCCUGGAACAACCACAAUACGCGGAACAGGGUCAAUGGCAAGUACUAUGAGACGGCCCUGCAGGCAGCUCUGACAGUGAGGCCCGAGAUCGUCUCCAUCACCUCUUUCAACGAGUGGCAUGAGGGCACCCAGAUUGAGAAGGCCAUUCCCAAGAAGACGCCAACUCGGCUGUAUCUGGACUACCUGCCCCAUCAGCCCAGCCUGUACCUGGAGCUGACGCGCCGCUGGGCAGAGCACUUCAUCAAAGAGAAGGAGCAGUGGCUGAUGUGAGGGGCCUGCAAGCUGGGGCAGGAGAUGCCAACAUCCCGGCCCCACCGGCAGAGGUCACCACACGGGGCUUGGCUGAGGUUGUAGACACUUGCUUGUCUCCAAGUCAGCGGCUGGCUGAGGGCUUCUGGGGCCACGGAGAACAGAGCAGGGUGCUCUGCAGGGACAGGACACUAGGCAGUGUUCCAGGAUCAAACCCAGGAGCUGGCAGGUGACCGGAUUUAGCUCAAGGCAGCUCCACAGCCUCAGUCAAAACACUUUGAACUCAUCCCUCUGGCCUUGACUGCAGCUGGUUGGUGGUGUGGCAUCACCAUGUCACUGUUCUUAGAAGGGUGUCAGGGCUCUGGGCUAGCACGCACUCUCCCUUCUGCCAGCCUGCAUCCUCCCCAGGCCUGUCUGCCCCAAGCUAGGGAACCCUAUUUGAGAGUCUCUAAAAGGGGAAUUCUCAGUUUAAGCUCUUCCCAGUAGUUCCUAAACCGAAGUAUCAGGAAAUCAUUCUGAGCAUCACAAAUCCAUUCCACACACUCAGUGAGCACCCUACCACGUGCCAGGUGCUGGGGGGAAACUUGGCCAGGAAUGAGUCCUGUCUUCCUUCCUAAGCUUACAGGAUCCACUUUCCUCAUUUGGUGUGGCCUUGUAGCUAGUGCCUGAGCACAGCUCUAAGUUUCUCCUUUUUGCAGGUUUGCCCAGUGCUGGGAGUUAAGUUCUUUUUCCUCUGUGCUCCAGGGCCUCUGUUUUCCUAGAUGAAUAUUUAGCUCCAGGGAGAAGACCAGGACACCCCCACUCCCUUUACCUCCCUGAAAUGAAUGAGGCCCAGUUGCUAGAGCUGUUUUCAGUACUACUGUGAUUUUAUUAAAUAUGACAUGGUGUUCUGUUCUCAAGUCAGCUUUCCUUCCGCUCCCUGCAGGCCCACAAACUCUGAUCCCUGUCAGGUUCUGUGACAAAUCGACAUGUAGGAUGGGCUGGCUACCGUGUUCCUAAGUGUGACGAAGAGGCCAGUUUGCUUGAGAAAUGAGUAGUUUCAACAAGACUUUUAGAGGGAAUAUUUAACAAAACAGUGCUUAUUUACAAGAAACUAAUAUGCUAAUUGCAGGGACCCUCAGAGCAGGCUUGGGAUACCCUCUUGGCAAGAAUUCUUGAAAAACAUGUACGUUGGAAACCUCUGUAUUGUCAAGGGUAUGGGCUCAAGACUGAAUCCCAAUUCUGGGAGCUGGGGUGCAAGGUGGGUGGGAAAGAAGUGAGCCCUACCGGUCACCUCAAGGACUCCCAGCUCCAAUAAUGGAUACUAAACCCCCCAGUGGAUGGGGAAGGCCUGGUCCCCUCGCUUGUGACUCAGCUGGGGAAACCAAGGCAGGCAGGGACAGAUGAAAAGGGCUGGAUGGUGACCUGGAGUCAUUUACAGAUGAAGUAACACCGAGGCUUUGUUUCACACAUAGAAACAUAAAAUACUAAAAAUAUGUUAAGGUCAGGGGACAAGGGCAGUAAUUGUCACCCACUGCUGCUGGCAGUGCAACUUGAUUCAGUUCUUUUGAAGGCUAACCUGUGUCAAGAGCCAUAAAAAUGCCCGUAUACUUUGACCCAGUAAUCCUACUCUGAGGAAAUAAUUCAAAAGAAAAAUAAAGCAUUUACAAAGAUGUUUAAUAGCAGCAUUAUUUUCUAUUAAAGAAACAAUAAAGUUUAAAUGCCCAACAGUAAUGGUAUACAUAUGAAUAAAGAUGAAGGCUUCUGACACUGGAUUUAAAUAAAGGUGUUACAGGUAUAAUUUACUGUGAUUUAUUAUUAAUAAAUAAGAAAAGUGGCUGAAAAGGCUAGCAGAGAUUUACCAAUAUUCUUUAAUUUGGACCCCUCCCACGCACACCAACUGAGCUUACGCCACACCAUUAAAACAAGACGACGACUUCGGGCCAGGCAAUUAUAGCACAGGCAGUGUUUGGCUUGUGGCUCUAGAAUUUUUUUUUCUUUCUUGGUUUUUAGGGCUACACUCAUGGCACACGGAGGUUCCCAGGCUAGGGGUCGAAUUGGAGCUGUAGCCGCCGGCCCACGCCACAGCCACAGCCAUGCCAGAUCCGAGCUGCAUUUUUGACCUCCUCUGCAGCUCACACCAACUCCACAUCCUCAAGCGAGGCCAGGGAUCGAACCCACAUCCUCAUGGAUCCUAGUCGGGUUCGUUAACCGCUGAGCCCCAAAGGGAAGUCCUACAAUUUUUAUCCUAACCUGCUUCCGGCUUCAGGAGCACAAACUCAUGCCUCUGGUUCACGUAAAAGACUUCUAAAAAAGCACCAGCUGCUACCUUAGCUGAUUUGGACCUUAAAUGCCACCACCCAGAGAAGAGGCUCUCACUAGAUUCCAAAUCUGUUAUUUUAUUUUUCAAAAAUCUGAAGAAACAAGAAACAAGGCCAUACUAGGAAUGUUCUUAAAAUCUCCAUUCAGCUUUUAGCUGGUAAUAUGAAAUUAUAGAUAAAUAACCUCCUCAGUGAUGUGUGAGGCUUAACCAGUAGCUUCUAGGCCUGGCUGACAGUGUUCAGAAAGAAACUUUGCCUUAAAAGGUCAGACUCGUUAACACUGUAGCCCCAGCGGCCUCUGUAAAUAAGGCCUUGCCAGCCACCAGCGGACAGACACAUAGUGUCCAGCACCCGUCCUUGGGCCCUCCCUCUUCUGGAGUUUCACGAGCAGGAUCUGUGUGAGGGAAACAGCCCAUACUUCUGGAGGAUGACUGUAGUACUUUCCAGGGCGCUGAGGAGGAAACGGAGGACAGUGAGGGUUGGACUUCUCAAAGCCUGAGCCCACCAGAGUCUGGAAAUCAGGGUCCCCUAAGCUCUUUGAUCUUCCUGUGCUCUGUUCAUCAAAUCCUUGAACCCUUUGGGAUUCCUGAAAAAGCCAGCAACACUAGCAAACUUAGUCCCACUCCACCCGCCACCUCCAAACCUGUCUAGCCUCCUCAGGGCAAGAGAGGACUGACAAUCUGUUGCGGUUUCUUUUUUUUUUUUGGUCAUGGCUUUUUUAUUUUUCCCCUGUCUCCCAACCUCACUCAGAUCCUAUCCCCGUGCCAUAGCAAAGAGACUCACCAACCCGGACGAAUGAUGCCAAACUUUCCAGGCACAGACAAGUCAACAACCGUUGACCCUAAUCGGCACUCAGGGCUCUGGCCAUCCCCAAUUGGUCCCCCAUCAAUGACCAAAGACAAGUGAGGCCAGAGGUCCUCAAAUUCCUGCAAAGGGGCAAAGGAAGAGCAUGGUCACCACCCCUGGCAUCUGCAGUGACAUACUCCACCCAGGGCUCAUAAGACAAAGGCCACACAGCUCUAAAUAAGCAUCUUCCUCUAAGCAGAGGAAGGAUCCUCAUUUAGUUAAAGUCAGCUGUGCCUAGGACACUGCCUUUGCACCUAGGACACUGCAUGCAUCCUGUGAGGUUUGGAGCCCGCCCCCAGGUUAGCACCCCAAGUAACACCUAUCUAGAGCUUAAAGAAAAUCUUGCUAUGUGGAGAGGAAAUGCCACACAUUGCUUCAGUUAGGGAGGUAUAAGGACAAUGCCUGGAGUCCUAGACAGGAGUCCAAAGUUAUGAGCGCAACACUCGACUUUCCACCAAAAUGCUGUGUGACUGCAUGCAAGUUACUUGAUCCAGGGCUGUAAAUUACGGGGGCUGGACCAGAUGGUCACUAAGGUCCCUUCCAGCUCUACCACUCUAGUCCUGAAUCUCAGCUGAACUCUGGAUCAGGGCAGGAGAAUAAAAACAGGGUGGACCCGGCAAGUGUGUGCCACUGGCGCUCAAUCAUUGGGCUGUGGAAAGGAUCUUCCCUUCAGAACUGUGGACUGAACUGUUAACUGAACCAGAGCACUAUCCCCCUCCCCUACCCCUCAUGAAGACACUGCAGUGGCAGUUUGGCCGGGGGAUUUGGGAUGUGGGAUCAUAAAUAUCAGUUACUAUGUUGGAAAGGUCACCAGCCUGCUAAAAAGAUAAAAGGUAAGACUCCCCAUCCCCACUGCCUAGGGUUUAGCCACCAGGACCAAGUAAAGCCUGCAGUCUGAGAAUAAGGAGGGGUGACGUUCCAAAGCCCCUGACCCCACUCUCUAAGUCUGGGCAUGGAAACCCCAUCCCUUUAAGUUCUUACUUAAAUAAUUAAAAUAACUUAAAUGUGUUCUACAUUUAAAUUCGGUAAGAAAGAAAGGAGGGUGCUAAGUCAAAUGUCUUUGAGUCCUCAUUCACUCUAAGCUCUUCAGCCAAGAGAGGACGAAGACGAUCCUUUCUAGCACCCGCCUCGUGCGAGAGAUAAGAGGACAGGACCAGGAAUCCUGAGAGUCUCAACUUUCUUUACAGCAAGUUGUAAAGACUGUAUUCUCCAACAACUGCUACCCUCACAAAAAGGGAAAUAAACGUACUUUAUGAUGUCUCUUAUUGUUAAAAAGACAGCAGAGGAAAAAAAAAA